AUUAUCGGUGCUUGGUAUUUUUGAUAAAAAUGCUGACUGCAGUCUUAAAACCGAAAACCAAAAAGACCAACCAAGCCGUAAAGGAAAAAAAGCGUGGAGAAAAAAUGUCGACAUAACUGAA